UCUGGAAGCCAGAGCGCCUUUCACCCGGGACCCGCCCCCGCGCCACCUUGCGACAUCCGGGCCGAGGCCAGGGGCGCAUUCGAACCGGGAGGACCAGGUGUGCACCACCGCCGCUGUUUUUAUUCGGUGCCAGGGUUGGAAUCUCGAAAGUUCAAGGUUGAAAAGGGAAACUCUGGCAAGCUGAAAGACAAAGCAGUCGUAUCAGCGGCGAGCGAAGGCCCUGCAUUCCUGCAGCUUCCUGAGCCUCCAGCUACUGUUCGGCCCAACCGUCAUUGCACAUUCCACCCGCGGGCCUCAGCGCCACCUAAGGGAUAGCAUGUUUUUGGCCCAGAGGAGACUCUCCUCCCUCUGCUGCAGAGCAAAGCCUGUAAAGACAAUUUAUUCUCCAAAAGCCCCCGGCCUCUCCACUUCUGCCAAAAUGGCUUUGAAAUUCAAAAAUGCCAAACGAAUCGAAGGCCUGGAUAGCAAUGUGUGGGUUGAAUUCACUAAGUUGGCUGCAGAUCCUUCUGUUGUGAAUCUUGGACAAGGCCUUCCAGAUAUCUCCCCUCCUUCAUAUGUAAAAGAAGAAUUAUCAAAGGCUGCACUAACUGAUAACCUGAAUCAGUACACGAGGGGCUUUGGUCAUCCAUCACUUGUGAAAGCUCUUUCCUGCUUAUAUGAAAAAAUUUAUCAAAAACAAAUUGAUCCAAAUGAAGAAAUCAUUGUGACAGUCGGGGCAUAUGGAUCUCUCUUUAAUGCCAUUCAAGGACUGGUUGACCCAGGAGAUGAAGUGAUAAUUAUGGUGCCUUUUUAUGACUGUUAUGAGCCCAUGGUGAGAAUGGCCGGAGCGACGCCUGUGUUUAUUCCCCUGAGAUCCAAACCUACUGAUGGGAUGAAGUGGUCUAGCUCUGACUGGACAUUCAAUCCUCAGGAACUGGAAAGUAAAUUUAGUUCCAAAACAAAAGCCAUUAUAUUAAAUACUCCACAUAACCCCCUUGGCAAGGUAUAUACCAGAGAGGAGCUGCAAGUAAUUGCUGACCUUUGCAUCAAGCAUGAUACCCUGUGCAUCAGUGAUGAGGUUUACGAAUGGCUUGUCUACACCGGACAUAAGCAUAUAAAAAUAGCCACUUUUCCUGGCAUGUGGGAGAGAACAAUAACGAUAGGAAGUGCUGGCAAGACAUUCAGUGUGACCGGCUGGAAGCUUGGCUGGAGCAUUGGCCCUAGUCACCUGAUAAAACAUUUACAGACUGUUCAACAGAACAGUUUCUACACUUGUGCAACGCCUUUACAGGCAGCCUUGGCCCAGGCCUUUUGGAUUGAUAUCAAGCGCAUGGGUGACCCAGAGUGUUACUUUAAUUCUCUGCCAAAGGAAUUAGAAGUAAAAAGAGAUCGGGUGGCCCGUUUACUCAGCAGCGUUGGCCUGAAACCCAUUGUUCCUGAUGGGGGUUACUUCAUCAUCGCCGAUGUGUCUUCUCUAGGUGCCGACCUCUCUGACAUGAAGAGCAAUGAGCCUUAUGAUUAUAAGUUUGUGAAGUGGAUGACAAAAAAUAAGAAACUGUCAGCCAUUCCUGUCUCAGCCUUCUGUGACUCAGAGUCUAAACCACAGUUUGAGAAGUUGGUGCGGUUCUGCUUUAUUAAAAAAGACAGCACACUGGAUGCUGCCGAAGAAAUCUUCGCGGCAUGGGGCAGCGGCAAGUCCUGAUGCGUGCAGGUGUGAGAGCCCCACCGCCUUGCCAAGGGCUCGCUACUCGCUGCUGCCACCUGGUGGGCACUAAAAGGAAACGGUUUAACAUUUAAAUAAACAUUUCCACUGUCUUUCCACAGUUAA